GAACCCACACACCACACAACCUCCCUUUAUAUCUGGAUUGCUCUCUUUUACGCUGUCCUCUGGGAUCUUGGAGAAACUCAGCUAAACAUCCCUGAUCUUCACUCUUCUGCCUCCGGUCGUGUUUGGCUGCAUCACAAUGAGUACCAAGCUGUGGACAGAGGAGCAGUUUAACUGCCCUGUGUGUCUGGAUCUUCCAAAUGAUCCGGUCACCAUACCCUGUGGACACAGCUACUGCAUGGCCUGCAUCAAGGACUUUUGGACAAAGGAUGACCCCAAAGGGAUCUACAGCUGCCCCCAGUGCCGCCAGACCUUCUGCCCAAAGCCCUCCCUGUCCAGGAACACCAUGCUUGCCGAGGCUGUGGAGCAGCUCCGCAAAGGAGCCCCUAAAUCAGAGGGUGCUGGGUUCUCCUCUGGACCCAAACCAGCAAUACCCCAUGGAAUAGCUCUGUGUGACAUGUGCAAAGGGGAGCAGCGUGCCGCCCUGAAGAGCUGCCUGGUCUGUAUGAGCUCCUUCUGCGAUACCCACUUGAAGCCCCACCAGACCAAGAAGUCCCUCAAAAAGCAUGAGCUCAUCCCGCCGACCAGCAACCUGGCGGAGAAGAUCUGCGCCCAGCACAAGUACCUACAGGAGUUCUACUGUCGCCAGUGCAAGAUGUUUGUCUGCUGGCUGUGCACCAGCAACCUACACAAAGAACACGAGUGUGUGUCCACCAAGGCUGAACGAAUCGAGAGACAGAAAGUCCUGUUAGAGAUCCAAACAAAGAACCAGCAGAGGCUGAAAGUCCGGGAGCAGGAGCUGAAAGACAUGAAGAAGAUGAUGGAGGCGGUGAAGCGUUCUGCAGACAAGGUCCACGACGAGACAGAGAGCGUUCUGAGGGAGCUGCAGCGCUCUGUGGAACGUCUGCAGGAGCUGCUGGAGGAGGUGCUGGACCAGGCCAGCCUGGAGAAGCUGAGCAAGGCCCAGGAGGUCGUCGAGCGUCUGGAGGGUGAGAUUAAGGAGAGAAAGAGGAGGGACGGAGAGAUGAAGGAGCUGGGGAGCUGCGAAGAUAACAUCUACUACCUGCAGACGUGCGAUUCGAUGAGCGCUCCCCUUGAAUGUGGCGACCUGGAGGAUGUGAGCGUAAAUUUGACUGCCACCUUUGAUCCUGUUGGAGGCGCGAUCCUGGCCCUCAGGAACCAGGUGGAGGAUCUGUGCAAUAUGGAGCUGGGGAAGAUCGCCAACCAAGUCAAUAGCACCCAACUUUAUACUCUGAGGAACUGUAAGUAUAAAAAAAGUCUAUUAACGUGCUUUCCAUGUCCAACAGGCCCUGCAGCCCUCGAUGUGAGGAGCAGGGACACACCCCGAGACAGAGGAAAUACAAGCUCUCCCGGACAGGGGAACAGACGGAGAAGAGAGGAGAGAGAGACUGAGCGAGAGGCCCAGCCCAGUCCCAGCAGGGCUCGGUCUCUGUGGAGCAGGUCCAGUCAGAUGUCAGUCGCCUCAGCUGCAGCUCCGACUUCAAUCCCAGCUGCUCAGGUUCCUGUACCGGUUCCUGCACCCGUUCCAGCUCCAGUUCCAGCUCCAGCUCCAGCAUCCAGCAAUGCUUUCAGUCGGAUGGCGUCCAUCAAUGCGUCCAUCAACAGCAUAUUUCGUUCACGCCGGCGAGGCACCAACCAGGCCACCCCGGUUAAUAAUGCAGGAGGGAACCCAUGGGCGAUGGACACUGUGUCUGAAACACCAACAGAGAUUAACCCAGGUCUGUUCUUGGACACCCCUCUGCCGGACGCCAUGACUCAAGCUCCAGCUUUCCCUGCCUUGAGAGAAAUCAACCUUGACAGCAUUCAGGCACCAGAACCCAGAACCAGGGAGGAGUUCCUUCAGUUUUCUGUGAGCCUGACCCUUGACCCCAACACGGCUCACAAGCGGUUGGUUCUCUCUGAAAGCAACACUAAGGCAACCUUGCAAGGACCGACACAGCAAUACUCUGACAACCCGCAGCGCUUCGACGGCUGGACCCAAGUGAUGUGCCAGAGCCCGCUGAACUCCCAGCGCUCCUACUGGGAGGUGGAGUGGAGGGGCAGGGGCUCCUCUAUGGGGGUGGCCUACGGGGCACUGAGCAGGAAGGGCACCGACGCCCGCUCCGGCCUCGGUUACAACGCCCAGUCGUGGACCCUGGAGCUGUCAGACACCUGCUGCUUGGCCAUGCACGACAACGAGAAGAGGGACAUUCCGGUUACCUACUCGCCCCGUCUGGGCAUCUACGUGGAUCUCUCUACGGGAAUGCUGUCCUUCUACAGCGUGGCGGACAACAUGACGCACCUCCACAGCUUCAGGGCCAACUUCACCCAGCCGCUUUAUCCCACCUUUGGAGUAGGGAGCGGGGUCGGGGUUGGUCUGGACUUCGCCCUUGGACAGUUUUCGGCUAGCUCCGACAGCAUUAAGAUCUGUCCUCUAUGAGGUUGCAGUGCAACAGCUCCUUGAUGAGGACAUUUAAACUGGGAGGUAAAUUAUCCAGUGUGGUUCCAUGAUUUCUUUCUGGACUCGAAUGCACCCACGACUUCCCCCUAAAUAACAGCCAGAAAUCUUUAUGUAUUUUAUUGAUUUUUUUCUGUGACAAAUCAAUUGAAACUGGUGCAUAAUUGCAAAGUGGAAAUACUUUUUAAACAUGUUUGGGGGAUAUUAAUUAUCUGCUUUGCAUUUUUACAGAACAGUAAUGUUACUCAUUCUUCUUUGCAAAACUUUUCUAGCUCAGAUUGGAUAUAAGGACAAACCUGGCAACAAAUUUUCAACUGGACUGACUUUUGUACUUUGACUAGACCAUUCCAAUACAUGAAUAUACUUUGAUCCAAACCUGCAGGAAAGUUGAACUCUGCCCUAGUCUGAAAUCUUUUGCUGUUAAGAUGCAUCUGUUCUUCCCCGGGAAGUGUCCCAAAAUUCCCGCAGCAUGUUGGGGCCACCUCCGUGUUCCAUGUCAGGAAUGUUGUUUUAAAACUUUUCUUACUUUGCAGUAACUUACAGGAUUUCACCAUAUUUAGCUCCUCCCACCUGCCUGCAAAUCGCGUGACAUUGCCACCUAAAUUAUCAUGUUC